AUGUCGUCGAAGCAGGAGAAAGAGGAAGAGGUGGAGCUGCCGUGCAUGAAUGGCGACGUGGGGAGGGACGACGACAACGGCGGAGUCGAAGAAGGAGGAGGAGGAGGAGGAGGAGAAGGCGAGGGCGAGUUCGCGGCGGCGAUGGCGCAGCUGGCGCCGGAGGGCGUGCGGGCGCUGCACGCGCGGGUGGAGGCGGAGUGGGGGCCCGUGCUACAGAGCGCGUGCCAGACGGCGGCGGCGCGGGCGCUGUGGGGCCGCGCCGUGCGCGACCCGGCUGCCGGGGUGCUGGCCGGGGAGCGCUACCUCAGGGGCCUGCACGACAAGAUGCGGCGCGACGAGCGCGCCGGCGCCAGGGAGGUGCACGGCGUCAUGAUCGCCGUCAGGACGCUCUGGUUCGACGCCCGCAUCGAGGCCGCCGUCGCCGCGCUCGGCGGCGACCCGCAGGUCGUGAUCCUCGGCGCAGGGAUGGAUGCAAGAGCCUAUCGUCUGAGCUGCCUAAAGGAAUGCACGGUAUUUGAACUUGAUUUCCCGGAGCUCCUAGAAAUGAAAUCUGAUCUUCUGCACGAAGCAAUGAGUUCUGCAAAUCACCAGAAACUCACCGUGAUGGCAAAAUCAUUGAUUAGGGUUCCUGCCAACAUACAAGAUGGAGACUGGAUAACAAAGCUGCAGAGCUGUGGGUAUGUUCCUGAAAGGAACACCAUAUGGGUGCUUGAAGGCAUCAUCUUUUACCUUCACCAUGCAGAUGCAAUGCAAGUCCUCGAAAACAUUGCAGCUAGCCGCUCCUCAGCCAGCACAGUGCUCCUGGCUGAUUUCAUGAACAAGAACGCGACAUUGCUCUCUCCAACGAUGUACCAUUUCUACCAUGACAGCCCUGACCUCCUGCUGCCUUCUAUUGGGUUCUCCCAGGUAACACUGUCACAAAUUGGAGAUCCGGAAGCACAUUUUGGGUUGCUAAGUCACCCAGAGAACCUAUUUGAUAAACUGAGGAGACUGCCUAGAUCAAUGGAAAAAAAUCCGGAGGACGGGACGCCAUGCUGCAGACUGUAUUUUGUGGAAGCCUCUGCCUCACCAGAUGACCAGAUCAUGUGUCCACUGGAUCAUUACUUGGAAAGUUGA